UAGUUAACAGCUGAAACAAGCUGUCACGAUGUUUAACCUCACCAGAGAUUGUUAAAGUGACAAAAACACGCGUUUGUUUUGUGUGCUAGCUGACAGCUACGUCCACACUCGGCUAGGUUAGCUAGCUGUGAGAGGUGCUAUGCUAACCCGUCCACAGUUAAUCUCUCUCUGUCCGUCAGUGCAGCAAAACUACAGGAGCAGGCACAGAGAGACAAACACCACCUGUCUGCCAGUGUGUUUCAUCUGUGGCUGCUCACAGAGGCACUUUGACCAGACUGACCAUAAAACUACAGCCAGCAAAGUUAAUAAUUCCUGCAGGCGUCUGAUGAAUCUUGCCCGAGAUGUAUGCAGUGUGACACCAAGUUCGACUUCAUCAGAAGAAAGCAUCACUGUCGGCGGUGCGGCCGGUGUUUCUGCGAUAAAUGCUGCAGUAAGAAGGUGACGCUGCCUCGCAUGUGCUUCGUCGAUCCGGUGCGGCAGUGCGCCGAGUGCAGCCUGGUUUCCCAGAAAGAGAUGGAGUUCUACGACAAGCAGCUGAAAGUGCUUCUGGGAGGUGGCACCUUUGUCGUCACGUUGGGAACGUCGGAGAAGUCUGAAACCAUGACGUGUCGCCUCUCCAACAACCACAGGUAUCUGUUCCUCGACGGUGAAAGUCACUUCGAGGUGGAGUUGUCUCGGAUCUCCAGCAUGCAGAUUCUGACAGACGGCACGAGUCCAGGAGAGAAUGACAUUCACACUUACACCAGUCUGCUGGACAGUCACUAUAUCUCUGAAGGAGGGAUGUCGCGGGCCAGCGGCAUGCUGCUGCACUACAAGCCAAUGGGCUGCCAGGAUGCCCAGCAGCUCCGCUUAGAGGCAGCAGAUGACAAGAAGGUGGCCUCGUUAUGGCUGGCUGCAAUGCACAAGGCGGCCAAACUGCUGUAUGAAGCUCGGGACCAGUGACGUGCAGGCAGCCUGCAAGACUGAACCUCCAGGCAGCACACACCCAAGUGUUUUGUACCCCGUCUUGCUGGGGGUUUGGUAUCGUUUGGAUUUCUAUUAACGCCAGUUCUGCUUAUCUGUCUGAUUCAUCAUCGGUUCUUAAUAACAGUUCUUAUCAUGGUAAUUUCUGCAAGGAAUGUUUAUAUAAAAAAUUAUUACCUCUAUAACCAGUUCUUGUUUACCCCAAGUGGGCUGAUUGUUCUUCUUCUUUUUACAUCUCAGAGUUCUUUAAUCCUCUUUGAUUUAACACAUAAAUCAGGGCACGUUAAUGUUUGUACAUGAAAAUGGAGCCAACUGAGCAGAGAGACAGCAGGAACACAAGCUUUCCAACACAAGUUAGGAUCCGUUCAUUUGGAGAAAGCUUCUACUUUUAAUUCCUGUUCUUUUUCUUUCUCAGAACUGGACAUGUUUUUGUUUGUGCAAUACUCAGUCUGUUUGGACAUCAUACCUUUUCAUUAACCAUUUUUCAUAACUUCCGAGAUGCAGUAAAACGUCAGAUGGAGGCGCAGUUGUUUCAAAGCAGCACAAUAAUUUUAUAUGCUGCUGGUAGAUUUAGCUUGUGUCAUUGAGGAUUUUAUUUCCUGGACGGAUGAUGAUAUUAUUUUUGAUAACUCUCCUGAUGUCAGCCAAACACAAAGUAGGGACUGAAUGUCUCGCUCAAGGGAUCAGCUGAUGGUAAAAAGCAUUAUCUCACAGGACAAAUCCAACUUAAAAACCCUUUAACGCAGAUCUGCGUGAAACGUACUUUGCAUUUCAGGACCCGCUUUGUUUAAGUUAAUUGCAGAAAAUGUCUCGGGACUCUUUUGCCUUCCAGUUUAGGACACUAUGUGUGUAACAGCUCCCCUCAGCUUUACACAGCUUUAUAGUGAGUUUCAGCUCAUUGUUUAUCUCUCCAGACACAACUUUAGUGUUCUGGUUCUCACUCAGCGCCCUCAUAGCAUGCCGUACACUACCUGCUCAGCAGCAAACAGCAGACAGACACAGUUAGAGACCAGCUGGUGAACAGAGUGGAGCGUUUAGCAGCUGAAGAGCCAGAUAUUUCCCUAGAGAUCAAAACACAACUAAUAGAGACUCCAAAUGAAUGAUUAUGUUGCUCUGUAACUGCUGGAGGUGUGAAUAAGCAACUCUUUGCUAACAAGUUCAACUUAAAGGUGAUGAUACGUCAGUGUUGGUUAAAACUUGUUUCUGCUGCCCCCAUGUGGCCAAAAGAAAUCAGUUUAUGGAGGUUUAAAUAUAAAUUUUAACUAAACUGCUAAUAAAGAAACACAUUUAUAUACAUUCACAAGUGAAUUUCACACUUCAGAGAUGCAAGUUACUCUGGCAACACUUUACUAGAGCGGAGAAAAGAGCAGUGAGUUGGACACUCUGAUUACUUCUCCAGCAGUCACAACAGAGCUGAAUCUGCUGGAAAUUUGCCGUUAAAUAUUACCAGAAAAUGACGAGUGUUUUUGUGUUGGUCUCUUAAAAUCAAGAGCGAAGGCUUCUUCCUGUUUUUUUAAUUAAACUUUCAACUCUCGUACGAGGGUAAAAUGAUCAGUGCAGAGCACAGAUGGCACUUUAUACACAAGCAGGAGCAGCAAAUGGAUCAGAAUGCAGUGGGAAAUGAGCAGGAGUGAAGUUGAUUCUGGGAAAUGUAGGAUUCUCUAACUGAAGCAGAAGAAAGAAAAGAGGCAGGUUGAGGAGACAGAAUAAUUCCUGAAAUGCAAAGAACAUCGCAAGUUUAUUCACAACUGAAACACAAUUGUUGGAUUUCUUACUUUAGGAGACUUGCUGUCAUGACGGUUGAGUUUCAGAGCAACGUAGAUGAAAGUUCAGGUGACGUGUUUGUGUUUCUUCUCUGUAACUUAUCUCUUAAUACUCUCUGCUACAAGUAUCUACAGAUUUAAAUGUUUAGGCCUCGGCGUCUAAGGAAACUACGGACUAUUCACUGAUUCUAGUGAAGCAUAAACACACAUAAAUGCUUUAAAUGUAGUUUCAUGUAUUGACUUUUUGUAUAAUAUAUUUUGUUAACUAUUCCUACUUUAACACAAGGCGUGUACGUACUUAUAUAAUUUUCAAAGCUGAAGUAUGACCAUAGGUUUUGUAACAUUUGUAAAUUCCUUUUGUCCUAAUUGUCCAGAGCCACAACCAGGAUGUGAAAUCACCACCGACCAAGAGCUGUUCAGUUCUGGUUGAGCCGGUGGGUUUGUUGGUUUGGUAGUUAGUUGUACUUCCGAGGACCUUUUUCUAAACAAGAAUGUAGUUUUGACUGCGAUGGUGAAAGCCGCGACACGUUCUCAUCCCAGGUUGUCAAUGACCGACGGCGCUUUGUCACAUUAAUGUGGUAAACGUGAAAACGGAUGCAGUUUGGUGUAGCAAAAGGUUGCGUUAAAAGAAGCACAUCAUGUUACGUAGACCUACGUUUUGUGAAGUAACAUCACGUAACUUCAUAUUUUAAAUAAGUCAGAGUUGACUUUUGGUUUCAUGCGGUAGGGGAGAGCGGGGUGACUUGAGCCUGUGAGGAAGUUGAGUCACCCCUAUGGCUUCUCGGCGGCCAUAGAAAAAAUUGGUCAUGUUACCACACAUUUUUGAAGAGUCAUCCAUUUUACUCAUCCUGUGAUGGAGAGAAGCCUAUGGAAUAAGUGAUAAGCACAUUUAAGAUCAAAAAACAGGUUUUUUUUGCCGUUCAAAGUGAUUUUUUUAUGUUCAAGGAGUCGUGAUUGUUGUGUGAAAAUCUUACGCAUGUGUUAGUCUUUUAGGAAAUUACAAUAUGAGGCUAUACUGUUAGCAUGAGGUUACUCUUAAAAUGCUGGAUGACACAAUUUUGUUAAAAUGGCAAAGACCUGGGGGAAGUUGAGAAGUAUGAUAAACAGGAUGACUUUAAAGCGAUACAUUGAUAUGAAACAACUCGGAGACAUAGCCGCAAUGCUUCACUAUCUAAGUGCAACUGAAUGUUUUGACCUGGCGUUUGAGUUUGCACGAUGACAUCGAUGUCCGUGACCCCCAUGUGGCUCAACUUACCCCUCAUGUGGGUUAAGAGUCCACUUUUUUUUUUUUUGAAAAGCCAGAUUUUGAAAACAGUUUAUUUUAGAUCCAAAGUGAUUAUUCCCAGGGACGCACCACAUCCUAAAAUAUAUGUACAUAUUUUAGUUGGAGACAUUACUGUCAAAAACGGGCUCAACUCACCCCGCUCUCCUCUACACGCCGAAAGUCCUGUGUUUGUUUGACCCAUCCAUCCACCUGGACCUUCUCCAUACGCUGACUUUCUUGCCUUUUAUACGUCACCUGACUUUAGUUGAAAGCCUGGUGGGCGAGGGGCGUGACAAAACAUUGGUAUUUGACAACCUCAGGAUUGAGAACGACAUUGUGACAUAGCAAGAUUUACUCCCUGAUGUUGUUACAGCGCCCGCAAAUGCCAACUUUUCCUUCAAGCUCCCUCUUUAAAGGUGCAGUAAGCGAUUCUGUUAUGUUGCUGCAAAGCUAACAUGAAGCUCACAUGCGGAGAGGAUGAGAUAGUCUUACUGUGCAUUCAGACCAAACGUGAAUUUAACCCUCGCGGGGGUUUUAUCGCUGGACUACUACCAACACAACGCGAUUGGUACAGCUGCAUGAACCCAAAAUAAACACUUUGCUGUGAUUUAAUAGCAAUAAACGGAUCAAACUGAUGCCGAAAUAACUAAAACGUGAUGCAGAUUUGAUAAACAUAUGAAUUCAUGCUUUGUCAGGUCUGUCAGCAGGACAGCAACUUUUAAAAUGUGUUUCUUUCUGAAUGGAGUUUGGAUCGAUCCGGGCUAUGCUAUGCUAAGCUAAGUUGUUCACAGUAAAAACACUGAAAGCAGAAAUCGAAACAACUCUCCUGGUACUAUAGCAACAUCACAACAACAGCAUGUCUGGGUGAACGAGAGAGUAAGCUGAAGGUGACAAAUUAUGGCUAGAAUUGUUGGAGUAGCAUUGUGUGACUCGGUUUCCCAUUUACAGUUUUAAGUUUUCACACGCAGAACAAACAACUAGCGGACUGUUUUUCAGAUUAGAAUUGCUUACUCCACCUCUAAGUUUUGAAACUCACACCUGUUUAGAGUUGGAAGAAAGGUUUAGGGGACUCGGGGCGCUGUUGCAUCUUUAUCACGUUUAUAAUCUUGUAAAUACACUUUAGCUUCACCAUAUGAGGUUUGUGCAUUUUUAAGCGUGAAUUUAAGAUUGUGAAAACUGUAAACUUUAGUGUUGUUACACAGAAAUCUUAACUCAGCGUCCUCUUACUAGCUUUUUAUCUGGAGCUUUCAAACUCACCUCACGAUCUUUGUUUGCUUUCACAUGACAUAAGUGUGGAGUACCAACAACUGAGCAAACUCCAUCUGUUGAGGAAGACUAUGAUAUGUGGAUGAAAGCUCUAGAAAAAGCUGCUAAAUGGACCUUGAGAUAUGAAGAAACACAUGAAUUAUAAAUGCACGGUUGCGUUUCAGCUGCUAACAUUUAUCAAAGAUUACCAAGUAUCAUUGGCUUCACAGAAAUUAGCUUUUUUAAAACCCUGCUGGCGUCUGUGUGUCUUCCCUGUUUUUCUAAGCUUGAAGAAAGAACUUGAAACUGUGUAAUGGAGCGCAGAACUGGCUGAUUGUUGGGUUUGUUGGCCUUUUUGUACCUUUGUGUCAAACCCAGUGAAAACAACAUUCACCACCUCCACUUUGUGACAUAAAGUUUAUUUUUAUAUGCUGCUCACCUAAGAAUUAAAAUCACACGUCGUGGUCGUUCUGGUUUGAGGCUUUCGGAACAGAGACGGAGGAAGAAGAUGGUGAGGUUUUGUGUAAAAAGGCGUCUCUGUGGUCGCUCUUGAUGUUGUUAAUACUGUUCACAAGGUUUUCCAGUUACACACCAACAAUGCUGUUCUUCCAUUAUACAAAUGUUUGUUAUGAAGAUACAUGUGAGGGCUGCACAGUUACGAACAACAGUGAUCAUAUUUAUUAUUUUGCUUAGUUCUUAAUUGGAGACUAAAACCUUUAUCUUUAAUUCCUCUGUUGUUUUUUGGCUGCCAACUGUAAAUCUAAGUAUCUGAAUCAGACGGUGAUGUUGGUAAAUUGAAAAGUUUGCCUUUUUUUUUAUCUCAAAAACACAAUUACAAAAUGCAUUAGUCACAUUUUACUUUCAUUUGAAAUGUUGCUGGUAUGGGAGUGGCUGUAAUCACAAUAAAAACAUAUUAAUCAUCCUUGAAAUGAAGUCUAUAUGAUCACACUGCGGGAUUCUCUGUGCAGCCCUCUCAGACUGUUGUUGCACGUUUGCAGUACGUGUUACGUCACCGAGUCGUGACUCAGCCAGUGUUUGUACCUGCACUUUAUGUCCACCCUGAUUACAAACCUUUUUAUCCCACCGCUUCAUUUAUUACGCUGAAAAUGCUCUACUACACCUUUUUGUUGGAUUAUUCUGUUAAGAAUAAAAUCAAGUGUUUAUACA